AUGAAUAAUCAGCCGCAAGGUGGGAACAGCGUCCCCAAUAGUAUCGGCAAUAUAUUCAGCAAUAUCGGGACUCCGUCCUUCAAUAUGGCGCAAAUUCCGCAGCAGCUGUACCAAAGUCUUACUCCCCAGCAAUUGCAGAUGAUUCAACAACGACACCAACAAUUACUAAUGAGCCGCCUACAACAACAACAACAACAACAACAACAACAACAACMACAACAACAACAACAACAACAACAACAACAGCCACAAAGACAGACUUCACCACCAUCACAAACACAGCAAUCACCACCUCCUCCCCCUUCCGCUCCUCUGCAACAAUCACAGUCCAUGGCUAGUCAAUCUGCAACAUCUACCCCGCCUCCUCCUCCUCCUCCUCCAGCGCCAAUUAAUUUGCCUCCCCAGAUUGCUCAGCUACCCUUGGCUACACAGCAACAAGUUUUAAAUAGAUUGAGGCAACAGGCCAUCGCAAAGAAUAAUCCGCAAGUAGUGGAUGCUAUCACCGUGGCACAACAACAAGUUCAACGUCAAAUUGAGCAACAGAGGGAACAGCAGACUGCCCAAACUCAACUAGAACAGCAAAGGCAACUUUUGGUUCAGCAGCAACAGCAGCAGCAACUUAGAAACCAAAUGCAACGACAACGGCAGCAACAAUUUAGGCAUCAAGUCCAAAUACAACAACAGCAGCAGCAACAACAACAACAACAACAACAACAAGUCCAGCAACAACAACAAGUCCAGCAACAACAACAAGUCCAGCACCAACAGCAACAACAUCAGCCACAACAGCAACAGCAACAACAGCGAAUGCCUUCUGCCAGAUCCAUAGGCGAUCAACCUUCCACCAUUUCCCAUCCUACUGUUGGACAACUUCCUCAAUUACCUAAGCUAAACUUACCUAAGUUUCAAACGAUUCAGUACGACCCACCGGAAUCCAAGUUACCAUACCCAACGUAUUGGUCAGAUAAAGGAGCAGACACAGAUACUUUAUUGUAUGAACAAAUAAUUCAGCGUGACAAAAUUAACAAGUUCUCCUUAGUGAGGGAAACUAACGGUUACGAUCCAUUCAGUAUUUAUGGAUUCAGUAAUAAAGAAUAUAUAAGCAGACUGUGGCACACAUUAAAAUAUUAUCAGGACUUAAAAAACACCAGGAUGAAAUCUAUAACUAACACCUCACAGAAGAUUUCAUCAGCAAGUAUCUGGGGGAAUGGUUAUUCAGGAUACGGGAACGGAAUCACAAAUACAACCACAAGAGUUAUACCUCAAGUUGAAGUUGAUAAUAGAAAACACUACCUUGAAGAUAAGUUGAGAGUUUAUAAACAGGCAAUGAGUGAAACAACAGAGGAAUUGGUUCCGAUAAGAUUGGAAUUCGACCAAGAUCGUGACAAAUUCUUCCUAAGAGAUACAUUGCUAUGGAACAAAAAUGAUGAACUUAUCAAGAUUGAAGAAUUUGUGGAUGACAUGAUGCGAGAUUAUCGAUUUGAAGAUUCGACCAGGGAGCAACACAUAGAUACCAUAUGUCAGUCCAUACAAGAACAAAUCCAAGAAUUUCAAGGAAAUCCAUAUUUAGAAUUGAAUCAGGAUCGCUUGGGUGGUGAUGAUUUACGAAUUAGAAUCAAGCUGGAUAUUGUGGUGGGACAAAACCAACUUAUCGAUCAAUUUGAAUGGGAUAUCUCUAAUAGUGAUAAUUGUCCCGAAGAAUUUGCAGAAUCCAUGUGCCAAGAACUGGAAUUGCCCGGUGAGUUUGUUACAUCCAUUGCACACUCGAUAAGAGAACAGGUUCACAUGUACCACAAAUCGCUGGCAUUGUUAGGCUAUAACUUUGAUGGAUCAGUGAUAGAAGACGAUGACAUUAGAAGCAGGAUGCUGCCCACAAUUACGAUUGACGAUGUUUAUAGACCUGCAGCAGAAAGUAAAGUCUUCACUCCAAACCUUCUUCAAAUUUCAGCAGCGGAACUAGAAAGAUUGGAUAAGGAUAAGGAUAGAGAUACAAGAAGGAAAAGAAGACAAGGCAGAUCUAAUAGACGUGGUAUGCUUGCAUUGACCGGUACAUCGACAAACAGUAUGUCCAUGAACGGUGCUCAUAAUGGAGCAGCAACGGGGAACGCUUCAUUGUUACCAUCAGGGGAGAUUUUGCUGCCAGAUAUCGCAGAUAUUCCGAGAACUUUCAGAACACCAGUACCAAGUACUCUAAUGCCCGGCGGUGUUGACGUGGGACCUUCAGUGGAAUCAUACGAAUUGAGAACCACGACUACAUAUAAGGCUAAGCCAGAUAGACCCAAGCCAGUCCCGCCCCCUUGCUACAUUAUUGACCACAUUCCAGGUCAUUCGCUAUUACUUUCUAUCAAAGUGCCUAAGAAAGAGGAAGCCCAAGAAGAUUUUGCGACGAUGAUUGAACCGAACAAUAGCACCAAUCCAAUGCUUCCAAGGCCUGGCUCCCUGAAGUCCAGAUUGAAUAGUAAUAUUCGCGCUGGUGUAACUAUUCCGACAGGUGCGAACCCUAUUGGAAAUCACGCUACUACAAGCUCCCUCAAUCCGACACUACCGCCUGCCAUUCCAACCGGAGUAGCCGGAAAGACAGUUCCUGUACCUACUCCACCAACGCUACCCUCAGUAGCUCCCCAUGGUAGUGACCGGAUACUUUCAAACAAUAAUGGUGAUACUAAUAAUAAUAAUAAUAAUAAUACAUAA